GACAUCUACACAGAUCAUCAGAGCACUGAUGAUCAGUGUGCCCUGAUGAUCUGUGUAGCCCCAGCAGCGCCACCUGUCAGUGUCCAUCAGUGCCAGCUCUGUGCUCAUCCAUGCCACCUGCCAGUGCCCAUCAGUGCCACAUUUCAGUGCCCAUCAGUGCCACAUCAAUGCCACAUAUCAGUGCCCAUCUGAGCUGCCUUUCAGUGUCACCCUUCAGUGUCACCCAUCAGUGCCAGUCAGUGCCACCUAUCAAUUCAUGUGCAUCAGUGCCGCCUAUCAGUGUGCAUCAGUGCCGCCUAUCAGUGCCCCCU